AACUUCAAGUUUGCGUUUGUUUUCGUGAUUUUUUAAAAGCUUUGGCUUUCCAUUUGUCAGUUGCGAGAACAAUUUUUUAGAAGUAAUUUGCAGUAUCACUUAAGAGAAUUGUCGUUCUUAUAUUUCAGAUUUUCUGCUUCGCAUUCAUCCAGGUAUAACAACAUAAUCGUGAAUUCUGAAUCAGAUAUCCGUGAAAAUGGCGACGGCCGAAGUUAUCCGUACGGGACCGAACAGCACCGUGAUAACCACUAUGGAUGUGGAUGAUAGUGUCGAUAUCGCGGUCGGCGACGGUUUGAAGGAUUAUUAUAUUUCCAAGAUCGAGCAGCUGCAGUUGGCAGUCUCGGAUAAAACUCAAAAUCUGCGUCGACUCCAAGCACAACGCAAUGAACUUAAUGCCAAAGUUCGCCAGUUGCGCGAGGAAUUACAGUUGCUGCAAGAGCAGGGUUCGUAUGUCGGGGAAGUCGUCAAAGCGAUGGACAAAAAGAAAGUGCUCGUGAAGGUCCACCCGGAAGGAAAGUACAUCGUCGACGUGGAUAAGAACAUCGACAUCAGUGCCUUGAAACCCAAUAUGCGCGUGGCGUUGCGGAGUGAUAGCUACACAUUGCAUAAAAUUCUCCCUAGUAAAGUUGAUCCUCUGGUGAGUUUGAUGAUGGUAGAAAAAGUUCCUGAUUCCACCUACGAAAUGGUCGGUGGUCUGGACAAGCAAAUCAAGGAGAUCAAAGAAGUGAUUGAGUUGCCCGUUAAGCAUCCCGAACUCUUUGAAGCGCUGGGCAUUGCGCAGCCGAAGGGAGUGCUACUGUAUGGUCCUCCGGGAACUGGCAAAACUCUUUUGGCUCGUGCUGUCGCCCACCACACUGAGUGUACAUUUAUUCGUGUCUCUGGCUCGGAAUUGGUUCAGAAAUUUAUUGGCGAGGGCUCGAGGAUGGUGCGGGAGUUGUUCGUCAUGGCCCGUGAGCAUGCGCCGUCGAUUAUUUUUAUGGAUGAGAUCGACUCUAUCGGUGCAUCCCGAGUGGAAGGUUCCGCGGGCGGUGACAGCGAAGUGCAGCGCACUAUGUUGGAGCUUUUGAAUCAGCUGGAUGGUUUUGAGCCCACGAAGAACAUCAAGGUGAUUAUGGCAACUAACCGCAUUGAUAUCCUUGAUUCAGCGUUGCUCCGCCCUGGACGAAUUGACCGUAAAAUUGAAUUUCCAGCGCCUAACGAAGAUGCCCGCAUAGAUAUUUUGAAAAUUCAUUCGCGCAAAAUGAAUCUGACCCGUGGUAUAAAUUUACGUAAAAUUGCUGAAAAAAUGGGUGGUGCUUCCGGAGCCGAAGUAAAGUCUGUUUGUACGGAAGCUGGUAUGUAUGCGUUACGAGAGCGGAGAGUACAUGUUACUCAAGAGGAUUUCGAAAUGGCAGUUUCCAAGGUAAUGGAGAAGGAUACGGAUAAAAACACUUCGGUUAAGAAAUUCUGGAAGUAGAUAAACUGUUUUAUCGAAUGAUCUAAAAAUUCAAAGCAUGGAUCACAUAAUCUGUGCGUUUUAUGUUUCGGCUUAAUUAUUACAGUACGUUCUUUAUUGCCCAGUCCCUACCCUGUUGACACCGACCAAACGGUUGUGGUAUUGUGUCGGUCAUUUAAUAAAAUAACAUCGAAAGUGCUCUACGUAA